AUGUUAUUAUGUUAUGAAAAGGCGUACCACAUCUGCCACGACGGCCGCGAGGGCCACCAGGGGGCCGCGCUGCUGUGCACCAACGGAACACUCUUCAACCAGGAGAAGUUCACCUGCGACUGGUGGUACAAUGUGGACUGCUCGCAGGCUAUUCACCACUAUAGAUUGAACGCUGAUCCGCUCAAGAACCCAUACGUGCCUAAGCCCAAGCAAGAAGAAAACGUGCCUUACUACGGGCACCACCACGCCUAAGGCUUUCAAAUUCCUAAUUGUGUCUGAUAAGUUAAUUUACCAACGAUUAAACAACCCAAUAGAGAAAGCAUUUUUUGUAAAAGAAAUUAAAGUUUCAAAUAUUUAAGGCUGGGUUGCACUAUCUUUAACUUCUUAUCUUUAACAAACUAUCAUCUUUAACUGUAACAAACGUCAAGAGUCUGUCAAACUCCAUACAAAAAUAUAAAAUAGUUACGGUUUAAGGUACUGCAACUCAGCCUAAAUGAAAAAUCUAUAGUGAAGUGAAAAUUGUAUCAUGAUAGUUUACUACAUUUAAUUUUCUGAGUUUUGUUUAAUAUGUUAUGGCAAAAGCUUUAAAACUAAUACGAUAUUUGAGAUAGGUAUGUGUUUCUAACUACUGGGUUUGGUAAAAUAACUUAUUAGAUGGAAUUUACAAAAUAGUUGUAGUUUGUUCAGAGUUACCACAAUUUGAAGCUUCGGUGUUCUUAAAUUGAUUUAAUAUUUAUUGGUUAAUUAAUUAGUAUUUAUAUCUGAAAAUUUCCAGAAAUUUAUGUAAAGCGGCUACAUACGUGAAUAGUAUGGGUCCAAGCUUGACGAAAUGUAUGAAAAAAUUAAUGAUGAUUUGGUGAUAUUGAGGGAAGUUUACUAACGCUAUCAGAGAGUCGAAGUCAAAAUACGACCGAUCAACAAAACCGUUUCUUUUGUUUGGAAUUUUGUUUUUUUUUUCAUGUUAAACAAAAAUGUUACCACUAAAUUUUUUUUAUUCCUUUAAAUUACUUAAUACAUUUUAUACAUCAUUUUCAUAAAGCUUAUUCACUAUUAUUAUUUGUUGCAGAUAGAAAUUAUUAUGCAUAAUUAUUAUAUGGUUUUAUUAUACUUAUUUAUCAACUUUUGUCCAAUGGAGCCAUAGUUACCAUAGUAGGUAUACUUUAGACAAUAUUCUAAAACUUAUCUUCACGAAGAAGGUACUCAAAGAUGAAGGGUA